UUUAGGAGACACCUGAUCACAGCUGAACUCACCGCCGCCCAACACAAAGAAGCUGUGGCUGAUAGUGUGAUGAUUUUGUGUGUGUGUCUGUGUGUGUGUGUCCACCCUUGGUACCGAGAGUGUAUGUUUGUGUGUGAGAUGAGAAUAGAGCUCUGAGGUUGGAAAGGUUGUAGAGCUAUUAUGUAGAAGGGACACAGGUCUGUGGUGGUGUCACAUCAAGGGGAAACCUUACCAAAAUUUUGAGAGCUGGAGAGCCAGUUUGAAGUUCUUCGUGUUGUUCUGGGGCAAGAGAGAGCCAUCGAAAUCCCAGGAGAGGUGUGACGGCUUCAUUCAAGACAAGAUCCUUUUUUUCGUGAUUAGCUGGGUGAGCCAACGUGAGGAGAGCCCAGUAUCAUGGAGAAAUUCAAGGCAGCCAUGGUUCUGGGUGCUGUGGGCGAUGCCUUGGGCUACAGAAAGGGCCGCUGGGAAGGCUGCAUCUCAGGCAAGAAGAUCCAGGAGGAACUGGCCUCUCUGGGGGGACUGGGGGCACUGAAACUGGACCCUGAUAACUGGCCCCUGAGUGAUGCGACGCUGAUGCACAUGACCACAGCAGAAGCACUUAUAACAGAUUACUGGUGUCUGGAGGACCUAUACCGGGAGCUGGUGCGUCUCUAUGUUGAAGCCAUGGUGUCUCUCCAGGGCAAAGCCCCUGAUCCUGCCACAGUGGAGGGCUGUGUUCACCUCAAACCCCACAACUUCCUGCUCGCCUGGCAUACACCCUUCAAUGAAAAAGGGUCUGGGUUCGGGGCAGCUGCUAAGGCCAUGUGUUUGGGUAUGAGAUACUGGCAGCCUGAGAGACUAGACAACCUGGUGGAAGUCAGCACUGAGAUUGGCAGAAUGACACACAACCACCCCACAGGCUUCCUCGGCUCCUUGACAACAGCACUGUUUGCAUCCUAUGCGAUCCAGGGCAAACCUCUUGUGACUUGGGGCCGCGAGCUCAUGAAGGUCAUCCCGCGGGCUGAGGAGUACUGCAGGAAGACCAUACGACACAUGGCAGAGUAUCAGGAAAACUGGUUCUAUUUUGAGGCCAAGUGGCAGUUUUACCUUGAAGAAAGAGAGAUAGACAGGGAAGAACAGAACAAACCUUUGUUCUCUGAUCGCUAUGAUGCUGAGGAGACAGACAAGACGUAUAAGCGUUGGAGCUCAGAGGGCCGUGCGGGCCACAGAGGUCACGAUGCCCCCAUGAUAGCCUACGACGCCCUUCUGGCCGCAGGGAGCGACUGGACUGAACUGUGUAAACGAGCCAUGUUCCAUGGAGGUGAGAGUGAAGCCACAGGCCUGAUCGCAGGUUGUCUCUAUGGCCUCAUGCACGGCCUGAGCCAGGUCCCCCCAGGCCUAUACCAGGAUUUGGACAAAAGACAGCGCCUGGAGGAGCUGGGAGAGGCCCUUUACAAGGCAGCAUCUGCAGAGAAAUGCAUAGACAAACCAGAUUCUUGGAACACCAGUAUCAGCCCUGAUGCCAGUAUGUUGAGGAAGUUGAUUAGAGAUCGCAACUGCCGUCCAGUGCUCCGAGGGAUUCUUGAGAGCCUCCUGCAUUACCUUACACAGGAUCUGCCCAAGUGGUCCACCGGACACAGAAACCUGGAGAAGCCAGGGUCGGCUAUUGUAGCAGAAAGAGACAUAAGAAAUAAAGAUUUUCCUGAGAGAACUGAGACUUCAAUGAAACAGACUCAACUUCAGACAAGUUGCACUAUGGUUCAGCUCCCUGAGGAGCAUCAAAUGACACAGGGAAAAACUGCAGAGACCAGUUCCAAUAUCCUCACAAAGUGCUUGUUGGAUCCACGAAAAGAAAUAUUGCAAAGCAGAUGUGGAGGAAAUCAAAGAACAGGAGACUUAAUCGCCCGGCGCCUUACCACAUUCCAGCUCCUCCAAUCCAAAUUUAUUAGGUCCACACCCAAACCUCCUAUCACCCACCAAAGGGAGGUAGGAACUCUGUCCUCCAGCAGAGGAGUGGCAGGUAAGAUGAACCACAGCCAAGACAGUGAGCAUGACAUGCACAAGAAAGACCGAGCUAAAAAAGAACAAGGAGUGAAGAGAGGAGGCAGUGUGAAGGAUAUGGUGGCCAAGUUUGCCAUGGCUGAGCAGAAAGAAAGGGGACUGAAUAUGCUGAAGAAACAGCCAAUCAAACCAAAACUCACUGGAGGAGGGACUCUCUUAUCUUCCCUGAUGGAGAAGUUUGAGACCAUGGCCAAUGUAUGCAAGGGAAGUGACUUGAAAUGUUCACAUAAAAGGUCUUCUGGAGGAGUCAAGGUGACAAGUAGUGUAAAAGAGAAGGUAGCUUGUCAUGAAAGAGGGCAACAACAGUUGGUAGAACUAACUGACCGAAAACAAAACCAACACAAGCUAAUGAAAAGUAAAUCUGUUGGACAGCAGCUGAGAAGAAAUCCAAUUACAAAUGGGCAAGAACAAAUACCAGAGCAGGCAGUAAACGUUUUAACAAACAUAAACUCAAACCUGGAAGAAAAAAAUUAUUUGAAAGCAGAGCAAAUGGGGCAAAUGGGGGACAAGACUUCAGAUCAAAAGGGUGACAGUCAGUAUUCAUUAAAACACGCAGUUGAUGAAAUUCAGUGUAUCACCACAAGGUUAAAAUAUGGCUGUCUAGAGCUGCUCUGUUUCACUUCACUCACAGAGUGGUCACUACCAGAACCUUGCAGGCUUUUUCCACAGGUAGAGGCCUCAUUGAACUGCAGUGUGGCAACCAUUAUGACCUGCUCUACUGUGUGGUCAACAUGUGUAGAUUCCUCUCCUAAACAAUAUCUGCAUGAAACCAAACCUGAGAAUUCAGAACAGAUACCUAAUGUGAAGACAGACAGUCCUCAUGGAGCCUUACAAAACUCUCACAGCGAGUCAACCGCAGGUGACCCCGGCGCCAUAGUAACUGAAGGCACUGUAAAAACCAAAAUGGAGGGACUUUCUACAGAGACAGGCCAUGACCCCAUGGAGAACAAAGCAGUGGAAGACCCAAAACCCCCCAGAACCAUUCAUAGAGGGUUGCCCAGGUUUGUCAUCCCACGUGUUUACAGACUCGAUUGUCAGCAAGGUCCUGAUGAGACUAAUUCCUCCUCUCAAUCAGCACCAGACCAAGAAACUAUAGCUCCUUUGGUUGCAAUUCCACCAUCACAAUCUGAUACCUCUAUGACUGCUCUGAACACUGCGUCAAUGACAAGGGAAGCUUUUCAAGACAUUGAUGCAUGCCCUUCUAAUGACAUCAACCUUCAUGCAAUAACAAAACAGAAACCAGCAGAGGCUAAACUACAAGAAAAAGACAAGGAGGCUGGGGAGGAAAAGGAAGAAAUAACACUGCUGGACAUAAAAGAUACUAAUAUGCAACACAGUUUUAGAGUUUCUGAAGACACGGCAAAUAAGGCUGCGUUUGAUGACAGCAAGACUUUUGCUGUAACAUUACCUGAGAUUAAACCUGAGAGAGACAAGCCAAAACAAAGGCCAAAGUACACAACAAUCAACUAUGGGGAUCCUUCAGUCAAACAAAAAUAUAAACCCAAAAUCAUACGUUUUACUGACACCUUCACUUUUUAGACUGGUACUGAUGGACGGACGGCAAUGCACAAUCUCAGAACUAGAAUCUGUGUUUGCUGGUCAAGCACUGUUUCCUCUCACAGAUACUAUGCAAGGAAUUUAAAUCAAGAUUUCAGUUACUCUCAGUGUACCUUUAUACAUCAGCAACAAUCGCAGUUACAACAACAACAACAGGGUGGAAGUUACAAGUAACACUGGUGUUUUUCCUUAAAAGUUUUACACGUUUAUGUAUGCAGCAAAUGAGUACAUGUGAUCAUCCACAAGCUAGUACAUAUGUAAAAAAUAAAGGAAAAAGUUCAUGCUAACCCUUAUCUUGUGUAUAUCUGUCAUAACAUUGUUGAUUCAAACGUUAUUUUUCAUUUGAAUAGGCUUAUGUUAAAUGCCAUUCAGUGUAUUUGCUUAAAAGGGCUUUACAGUAUAAGAAAAAAGAUCAUUAAUAGAUAACCUCCAAAUGACCUACAACAAUUAGACUGGUUCGAGCUUGUCAAGGUUGAAUUGUUACAAACAGUACUGCCAGCAUGAUUACCUUUUUUAUUCAGGUCAAAAACCAGUAUGCACCAAUGUAUCAUGAUCUUUUCUACUCUCAAGACUAGAAAGGGUUCAACAUUGUAAUCAGUGUAAUUUAGUAGGCUGCCAAAAGUCGAGGAGAAACAAGUAGUGCACAAAUAUUCACACUGAAUAAUAUGAAAUGCAGUCUUCUGUUGACGAGUGGGUCAACAGAAGACUGCUUUGGCUUUAAACAGUAUUUUGGUCUGAAGCUGUAUUAUAAUUGAAUUCAGUAUAAAUCUGUGUUAACUUAUUUGUUAUUUGUCUGGUGCACACUGCACAAGUUUAAAAGUAGGCUGUGUAUCUAGAAAUAUUGUACAUACAAAACUCCUUUAAUGCAUGAUUUUCUUUUCUUUCCCUGUGGCUAUUAAGAUGCAAUACAGUAUUUUGUUUUAAUGAAUGUAGCUUGUUCUUUUAAAAAAAACAAACAAACAAAAAAAAAACUUAAUAGUGCUCUCUUAAUGAUGCCUGAUCGAUGAUGCUGAUUACUGGCACAGUGGAAUUUGGUAAUUUUAGUAGAUUUGCUAGCCAUGUAUUGAGCUCAAAUUGUCCAAAUGCAUGUUCAUAAUGGUUACAAGGUUGUUUACCAGGAAGCAAAAGGGUUUUGUUCAUGAUUUUCAAUCCACAACAUGGAUGAAGACAUUCUUCUACACUUGAUGGACUGAUUGGAAUUAGACUUUAAGACGGCCUUGUCUUCCUGAGGAACAGGGCCUAGCACACACUUACAUGGAAUUAUAGUGUUUCUAAAAAGCACGUAACAGAACAGAUGAAUGGUCACACAGCAGUGCCAAACAUGUCAGUGGUUUGAAGUUCAUCCAAUUCACAGUUGCAACCCCGCCCGCCUGCCCGCCCGCCAGCAGGAUUACACUACUGCAAAAAUACAGUAUGAGUCUGCAUUUGGACUUACUCUGGUAUUUUAACAAGCGGAUAAGAGAUCGAGGCCUACAUGAUCCAUCAUCUGUCUAUCCUGAGGCUUAUCCUGAUGAGGAGUAUGGUGUUGUUAUUGAAUGUCUAUGUGUGUGCGUAGGACAGACAUGCUUAAAUCAAAUUUUAAGUAAUUUUAUUUAGGUUGGGUUAAGCAUGACUCUGCACAUGUGAUUAAUUUCUGGAUUGUCACAUUCCCUUAUACAUAAACCCACACACUGAAUCAUAUGGGAUAUUUGUGGUGUUUAUGGUUGGCUCUUUAUGUCACUGUUAAAAAUUUGGUUUAUUGUGAUCUAACUUUAUAUCAUUGUAUUAUUUUUUUUUUUUUUACAUCUAAAAGAUGUAGAUAUUACUGGCAGCUUGCUUCAGUGUAAAAUAAAAAAUAAAAUCCAGCAACUCCAAAAUGGGCCACAUCAAACAAUAUACAGUAUGUGACAGUUUUUCAACUUGAGUAAUUCUAUAAGUGUCUUUUACUAGGCCUCUUUUGAGUACAACUUACACUAAGCACAUUUCUAUCCCCACAUGAUUUUCCCUUUUCCAUCUUUUUAAAAAUAAGAAACUACUACAAGAUGAAGGCACAAGGAGCAGUCUUAGCGUUAUUAUGUGACAGUCCUGCCUGGAGCUGGAUCACAGCGUUGGGACAUAGUGUCUGCCGCUCUGCUCUAGAUUCUCUCAUUACUUCAUAAUCAAAUUUAAAUCUGGUGAGUUGACGUAAGGUUUGCUUCAUCUCAUACUCACCACCUUUUCCAGCAAUAGCAAGGUUUUCCACUCUGACUUGUUGCAAGUCUUUUAAGUAAUUUCAAGACACUGUAUACUGUAGAUUGAUAAUAUUAGGUCAGUAAAAAAAAAAUCAUUCAUUCAUCAUAUGCUUAUCAUGUGUUUACAAUGUGGAACUAUGCAGGUGCUGGGGCAGAAAGAGCUAAGGUAAACUGACCAAUUUGAGUGCCAUAUUACAAACC